AUGGCAACUAAUUUACGUAUCCAAGACAAAAAACAAAAAAAUUUGUUAACCCUAAAAGCAAUUACCGAAAAAGAAAAAUUCCCUGAUUUAGUAGAAAAAAAAGAGGGCAAAAUUACUCUUAUUUCCGAAGAAAAAACUUAUUAUCUUUAUUUAAAUAAGCAAGCAGCAGACUAUAAUUUUCACAAAAUUUAUAAUUUCUUUGUUAAUUUUUCCCGCAACAACGAAAGAGAUAUUAACGUUGAGGCUAAGUCUUUUGUUAGUGAUAACUUAAAAGAAGAAACAGUUAUUCAAGCUAUUAGUGAGGGAGUAUUGUUUGGUGGUCAUUCAUCCGUCACUUGCAAGACCGACAAAAAAAAGCCAAAAUUUACUAUUUAUUAUUUAAUAACUGCUAAUAAGCAAACUGAGAGUAUUUGA